UGUAUUGAUGCGUUUGGAAGGCGCGUUUGAAUGAAAAUUUUAUUGACGUCGUGUUUAAUUAUUGAUAGUGUUUUUUAAACAUGUUGGUGCACGGCUGAGAUUGUCAAACAAACGCGUAAUUUUCUACCAACUGCUUGACGAACUUGAUUGAACGGUGUGAGGUUUUGAUGACCUUGAUCAACCAAAACAGAAUUUGACAAAUAUGUUUGGUCGUUUACAUUGCGCAUAAGACCCUUAUUAAAUAAAAAGACUUUAUUUCUUACUCGAAGUUCGAACCACUUAUAGCCUAAACACAUGGUCUGUUUGGUACGAUCUAGUGGGCGCCUCCCACAAAUUAGUCGGCCGUCAUACUCGGUACGGUCCCUGUCUUAUAAAUUGUACCUAGGUCCUCCAUAUGGAUUUAAAAAAAACCGUCACAUUUGAAGUUACAAUGGCAGCCAUUUCGGUUUCGACUUAUUAUUGAUGUGUACGUACUACGUAGGUAAUGAAAUAAACAUAAGUAUUGACUAUUGGUCUCACGAGUCACGAGAAUCGUAUUUAGGAUUCCAGUCACUGAGUACGUUUAGUAAUACUUGAUUCCAGUUUCUAAAGCUCUGGAUAACUGUAGUACUUUUUUUUUUGUGUUAUGUUUUGUGCCCUAGUGCCUCUACUGUAUUACAAUGAAUAACAUUUGUAUUGGAGUGAUAACUGUUCUAACUUUUGUAGUUAAACUGCGAGUGGCUCAGGCAGUAUCUUUUCCUUUCGUGUAUCCACGCAUUGAUCUAGUAGCGAACAAAAACAGCGAUGCUGGAGAUCCGUUAAUACUUACUCCAUAUUUAGAAAGACAAGAAGGUGAACUAGCAAGGAACCUUUCAAGAGUUUAUCUUACGCAAAAAAUAGGAUUUCAAAGUUACGCCGGCUUCUUUACAAUUAACAAAAAAUAUGAAUCCAACAUGUAUUUUUGGUUCUUUCCUGCAUUUAAUAAAAAUAUAGCAGCUCCAGUUAUUUUAUGGCUACAGGGAGGGCCUGGUGCAUCCUCGUUAUAUGGACUUUUCACAGAAAAUGGCCCAUUAAUAGCAAAAAAAGGAGGAUUUGCUACAAGAAAGUAUCACUGGGCUUUGAAAUACAACAUUAUAUUUAUUGAUAAUCCUGUGGGCACUGGAUUUAGUUUCACCAAGGAUGCACAAGGAUACUGCAAAGAUGAAAUUUGUAUUGCAGAAGGCCUCUAUGAGUGCAUGCAACAAUUUUUUGAAUUAUUUCCUAUGUUGAAAUAUAAUGAUUUUUACAUAACUGGUGAAUCUUAUGCUGGAAAAUAUAUCCCUUCAUUAGGUGUUUUUAUUCAUAAGCAAAACUUAAUAGCCAAAAAUAAAAUAAAUUUGAAAGGUAUGGCAUUAGGCAAUGCUUACUGUGAUCCCAUUAAUCAGAUAGAUUAUUGUAAUUAUCUCUACCAGCUUGGGCUUCUAGAUCGAAAUCAGAGAAUAUUUUUCUCUCAACAGCAACUGAAAAUUAUUGAUGAAAUCCAGAAAAAGAACUGGGUACAGGCUGGUAUUAUGAUGGACAAACUAAUGGAUGGUGAUUUAAGUAAUUUCUCAUAUUUUAGGGACUUUACUGGAUUUAAUACUUAUUAUAAUUUUCUAUUUGACAAAGAUAAUACAGAUAUGAGUAUUUUAAUAGAUCUACUAAAUAAUGAUAAAGUAAGAAGUAGUGUACAUGUUGGGCGUUUGCCUUUUAAUUCAGGCAAAGAUGUGCAAAUAAAUUUAGCAGAAGACAUCUUACAAUCUGUAGCACCAUAUAUUUCUACACUUUUAAAUUUUUAUAGAAUGUUGUUUUAUAUUAUUAUUAUAUUGGACAUAAUUGUGGCAUACCCAUUAACAGAGAAUUUUCUUCGUAACCUUAAUUUUUCAUCCAACUAUGAAUACAAGUUGGCACUUAGAAAAAUUUGGAGAGUAGAAGGUGAGAUUGCAGGUUACUAUAAGAAAGCAGGAAAUUUAACUGAAGUAUUGGUUAGAAAUGCUGGACAUAUGGUACCUCAUGAUCAAGCUAAAUGGGCAAUGGAUUUGAUUACAAUGUUUAUUGAAAACAAAUAAUAGAUUUUAGCUUUUUAUCAUAAUAGGUGUUGACUGUGGUAAGAUAUGAUAGUAAUAUCACUCACUCAUUAAGGUAGAGAUUUUAGGGUGUAACAUCACAUCAUGUUCAGCUGGCCUCUGCUAAAUUGCUACACCCCAAUCUAAGCACUGACUGAGUAUAUUAUAUAAUAAUAAUUUAUAUUCUCAUUUAUAGAUGUAAUAUUUCUUAAUGAUUUAAGUGUUUAUACUCCAAUAAUAAUAUUACUAUUAACUUUGUUAACACAAGGAAUACUCAUUACUCACUUAAAUUUUAAGUUUUACAAAGAAUUAAAUGCCUUUUCAUAUGUACAAA